ACUGUGGUCUGGGCUAUGUUGAUCGGACUGGGCUUUGCUCUUCUGAAAAAGGGGCCCCCACGUUGGAGACCUCGAUGGCUGUCCCGGCGGAGUGAGGCCGGGCAGCGCAGGAGGGUGCAGAGUGGAUGGUGGGGGGCGAUGGAGCGAUCGCCAGGGAGAACAGGAGGCUGGGCGUUUCUGAUCCUGAGCUGUUUGCUCUCCCGCUCGCUGACCUGGGGCAUCCCGCCGGGUGGGAGGGACCCUCCCGCCAACCAGUCCGCGACCUGCAGCGCCGAUGAGUUUGCACACCGGGGCUACUGCUGCAACCGGUGCCACCCAGGGUUCCGGAUGACGAAGGCUUGCGCGGGGGCGGGCUUGAGGACGACGUGCGAACCCUGCAGCAAUGGCACCUACCUGGAGCUGAGCAACGCUGCCACGAAGUGCAUCAGAUGUCGAAAGUGUGAAUCGGGUGAGUCUCAGCCCGGGGAUCCCGGCUCAUCGCAAGGAGUGCAGCCACCUGUGCCCUACAUCCACUACCCCUAG